AUGGCUAGAACUAAGCAAACAGCAAGAAAGUCUACCGGUGGUAAGGCCCCAAGAAAGCAGUUGGCCUCCAAGGCUGCUAGAAAGUCCGCCCCAGUUACUGGUGGUGUUAAGAAGCCUCACAGAUAUAAGCCAGGUACCGUUGCCUUGAGAGAAAUCAGAAGAUUCCAAAAAUCGACUGAACUCUUGAUUAGAAAGUUACCUUUCCAACGUUUGGUUAGAGAAAUCGCUCAAGAUUUCAAGUCCGACUUGAGAUUCCAAUCUUCUGCUAUUGGUGCUUUGCAAGAAGCUGUGGAAGCCUAUCUUGUGUCUUUGUUCGAAGACACAAAUUUGUGUGCUAUUCACGCCAAGAGAGUUACUAUCCAGAAGAAGGAUAUCCAAUUAGCCAGAAGAUUGCGUGGUGAGCGUUCUUAA